CUUGUAAUCAUAAUGCAAAAUCUUUGAUAAAACACAGAUGAUGAUUACAGAGGAGGGGAGAGAGGGACUCUGUGCUAGACGUGAACUGGAUGUAAAACUAUCCACUGACUUGUGUAAAGUUUGCAGCUGUAUGUAGGGGGCGGUAGAGAUGUGGCUGCACAUAAUGUGCGCCGGAUAAUGCGCACAAAUGCAGUUUACUAGGUUACUAUAUUGGAACAGACACGGUGGUUUUGGUGUGAAACUGGUUGAUUUGGCAACCCAGAACCUACAACACUGCAGGAUAGUUCAGUUUGUGUUCCUGAAAAUUUUCGAAAUGAAGUUCAUGAUCCGAGCAGCGAGAGAGACGGACUGUGUAGACAUCCAUAGAAUGAUCAUGGAGUUGGCAGUAUAUGAGAAGAUGGCUGACCAGGUGAAGAUCUCACAUGAAGAGCUACAAAGAGAUGGAUUUGGUCUGAACCCAUUUUAUCAAUGUCUGAUAGCUGAAGUUCCGAAGGAGCUGAAAUCUGAAGAAGGACACACCAUAGUUGGCUAUGUGCUGUAUUUUUACAGCUACAGUACAUGGAAAGGGAGGAGCAUUUACAUGGAGGAUCUGUAUGUCAUGCCUGAGUUCAGAGGUAAAGGUGUUGGGAAAGCACUGCUGGCUUCUGUAGCUCAAGUGUGUGUAGACCAGCAGUGUGUGCGUCUGCAGUUUUCUGUGUUGGAUUGGAAUAAACCAUCUCUGGGUUUCUACCUGAGUAAAGGAGCGGAGGACCUGACAGUGGAUGAGGGGUGGCAUGUCCUGCGCUUUCAUGGAACAGCACUUAAGAUGCUUGCAGAUGAGGCGCCAUGA